UUGUGAAAAGGAGAGGAAUUUAUGAACUGUCCAAAGCUAGAAGUCUAUAUUUUUGUUGUUUAUAAAACUGCUGUACUUCUCUUAACUCUUGGUUAGGAGCAUAGGGAAAAGUUAUACAAGGUGUGAAGAGGUUGUGGCUACAGUUAAGGGUCAGUAUACUAGAGGCUAAGAGCUAACUCUGCAACCACAAACCAGUAAUGAAGUCAUCAUGCUUAGUGCUGCAGAACUGGCACAAGCUGAUCCCUUUUUCUAGGAAGGCAACCCUUCAAAGAAAAGUGAAGGAGGACUCUUUGUAUAGGACAAUGUGACCCUAAUGCAUAAAACAGGCAUGGAAGCCCGAUCAUUGUGACUUCAUAUUUGAUGGCCAAUAGAUUAUUGCUAGGAAAUGUUCAGAUUUAGAAGGUCAGGGGUUAUUAGUUCAGCUGAUUCUUGCAAAACAAAAAUGAAGUCAAAGUCCUCAGCUCGAUUGCCACACAGGGCAAAUUUACUUGGCUCUUACUCAGUGUCGUAGACUAUAGUUAACUCUAGCCAAUGCUCUUGAAAACGUGAGUGAAAAACACAAGGUAGAAUAGGGGGUGGCUUGCAAAGCAUAAAUUCAUCUCUAUAAUUAUAAAAGUUAUAGGUGGUAAAACAUUGCCAUCACCUCCAUUCUAAAGACGCAGCAUUUUCUUUCCUAACGUAUUUUCUCUUUUGUCCUAGAAAAAUCCAAUGUGCCAAUGUGGUUUUAUGAGGGAUGAAAACCAAACUGGAGAGAUCCAGUUCCACUUUCAGCCAUUUUCACCCAUCCUGGAGGUACAGAUGUUUAUUUAUGUGAGUUUCCUGUUAAUGUAUAUUGGCAGCCUCAUUGGUAAUGCCACAAUCUUCCUUACUAUCUGGGCUGUGCGUUCCCUGCACAUCCCCAUGUAUUUCUUUCUGGCCAAUCUGGCAGUUCUGGAAAUCUUUUACUCUUCUACUGUUGCCCCUCUGGCCUUGGUCAACCUCCUGGCUAUGGGGAAAAUACCCAUCUCUUUCACUGGCUGUGGCACACAGAUAUUCUUCUUUGUCUUUCUGGGCAGUGCUGACUGUAUCCUCUUGGGAAUCAUGGCUUAUGAUCGGUUUGUCGCUAUUCAGGAUCCCUUGUCUUACAGCCUCGUCAUGAGAUGGCUGCUGUGUGCCCAACUGGCUGUGGGAGCCCUGGUUCUGGGUUUCAUUCUAGCGUUAUUACUGACACUUUUUAUUUUCCAUCUGCCAUUUUGUGGCCACAAUAGAAUCACUCACUUCUACUGUGAUGUACUCCCUGUUUUGCGGUUGGCAUGUGGAGAUACUCAAAUGCCAGAAGCCAUGAUCUUCAUCACCAGUGUCAUCAUCCUUACCAUCCCCUUUUCCCUCAUCUCCAUCUCAUACAUCUUCAUUGUGGCUACCAUUUUGAAGAUCCGCUCGGCAGAGGGACGACAUAAGGCCUUCUCUACUUGCUCUUCUCAUCUGACUGUGGUUCUCCUUCAAUAUGGCUGUUGCAGCCUUAUCUAUUUACGCCCGAGCUCUAGCUACAACCCAGAAAUGGGACGUGUAGUUUCUGUUGUCUACACCUUUGUUACACCCAUCUUGAAUCCUUUAAUCUACAGUAUGAGGAACAAGGAGCUGAAAGAUGCACUAAAUAAGCGGUGUCACCCAGCGGCGCCCCCAGGCUCCUCGGCCUCCAUGACCUUGCUGUCGUCCCACCGGGAAGGGAAACGGCGGGGCUGCCCUCUGCGGUUCUCCACGUGCCCGAAGCGCCCGGCGCCUAAAAAUACCACCCUAAUUCAACCGCCGGAACAUGCCUUCGGCUUUUUACAAAACGGGGCAGUCAUCACUUGA